AGCAGUGGAUAUGGAAACACCUUUCACCUGGUCGUCCAGCGGGCGAUCGGUACUCAAGCUCAACAUACGUCACCUGUGUCUCGUAGGUGUGUGGCCUUUGGGUACUUCCCGCCUUUACCAACUGUACGUUAUCUUCGUUUUUGCUAUGGGUGUCUGGAACUUCGCGGAAGGUUCGUUGUGUGUCACCUACUGCUGGCGAGACCUCGAAGCCACAACACUGGUGGUGGCCAACAUGUUCACCAUGGGCAGCGGCAACGUGAAGAUGGCCUUCUACAUGCUGAACCGACGGCGGUACAAUUCGAUGGUCCGGCGUGUCGACUCGUUGAUGUCGCUUCAAAGCGAGAGCUGCUCCAGCAAUCCUGCGCUGGAGAACAUCGUCCAGAGGUCUCGCAGGAGAGCGGCUCGCCUCACGCUGGGUAUGCUGCUCUUCAUGGCUUCGCAAGGCAUCGUGUGGUUCCCUAUGCCGCUCAUUGCCGACCCCAGCGAGCGGCGUCUGCCCUUCGUACAGCACCCCUGGGACAAUAACACCAGCUACUACCAACUGUCGUACGCCGUCCAGUGCGUGGUAGCCUUGUGGAUGGCCCAGAUAAGCAUGGGCAUGGACUGCCUCUUCGUGACGAUCAUGAUACUGGUAGCGGCGCAGCUGGAGGUCCUCGCACUGAGGGUCGGCAAGCUGAGGGUAGACGAGAGUGGAGCAGGCGAAGGUCGCCGAAUAGCGAGCGCAUCUUCUGUGACUCACGAGAAAAUGUACAGCAACCUGUGCUUUUGUGUCAAAAGUCAUCAGGAAAUCCUCAGGUUCGCCAGGCUGCUAAAUGACACCAUGAGCCCAAUAGCAAUGACACUGUUUGCCUUCAACGUCCUCGUCGGCUGUGUGGUGCUGUUCCAGACGACAUACAGCUCUGACAUCACUGCAGUAAUUAAAUGCCUCGUUUUUCUUCCUAUGCUGGGAGGCCAGGUUUAUCUUUAUUGCUGGGCUGCUCACCAAGUAAAAGAUCAGGCGGAAGCGGUUUCGACUGCAGCGUACAGCUGCUCGUGGGUGGAUGCGGGAACGAGCUUCAAGCGCGCCCUGAGGAUUCUCAUCUGCCGCGCCCAGAAACCGCUCAUUCUCACUGCCGGACAUGUCUGCCCGAUCAACAGGGAAGCCUUUCUUUCGAUGGUGAAUGCCUCAUACUCAUACUACGCACUACUGGGUCAAAUGAACAAGCGCUCUGUGGACUGAGGAGCAAUGGGUAUUGAUGUCCAUAGUUUGCUACUUACAGUAUUGUUUUCUGGGCCCACCUUUCAGAUAUAGAUUGUUUAGAAGAAAGUACAAUCGUAAAACAGUUUUCUGAUGUUACUCCAGUUACCAAAAGAUCUCAAAUAUCAAAACUGCUGUAUCACUGCAGAUUUACACAUAUAGCCUUAGAUCAGUGAUAAAUGUCAAUUAUUAUUCA